AUGCUUGUAUCAAUAGUUGAUGUUUUUCAACAUUUUAUAUCACAUUCAAAUAAUCAUGUACGUUCAUAUGUAUUGGAUGCAUUUCCAUCAUUAGCACAUUUACUUUCAACUAUAGAUGAAAAUUUAUUUUUACCAUUAGUACAUAAAUUAUGGCCAGGUCUUAUUUAUCGUCUUUAUGAUAUAGAUUAUAAUAUACGUAUACGUUGUUUAACAACAAUACAAUGUUUAUGUAAUAUAUGUUCAGAUUUUGUUGAUCGUCGUAUACGACAAGAUAUAUUACCAAUACUUAUACAACAUCUUGAAAAUAAUCGUUUAAUAUCAUCAACAAAUAAACUUGAAUAUCGCUAUAUGAAAUGUCUAUUAAUAAAUAUAGGAACAAUUAUAAAUGCAAUUACAAUAAAUAUAAAUGAUAUUGAAAAAAUUAUUUUAAUACUUUUUCAAUAUUUAAAAAUUGAAGAAUUAGCUUUAAAUGCAUAUGAACAAUUAAUAUUAUUAAUAGAUAAAUAUUCGGAUAUAAUUUGGUUACAAUUAAUUUUACAUGAUGAAAAUGAAUAUCGAAAAGGAUAUUUUAAUAAAAUGAAAGUUUAUAAACCUGAACCUAUGUUAACAAUUGAUCCUAAAUGGAAAUCAAACUUAUUAGUUUGUUUAAACAAAUAUUAG